UUUGCGCCAGAGAACAGCUCGCCAUGGCUGCUCAUUCUGCAAACUUGCAAGCAGAAUCGGGCCCAUUUACUAAGUAAUACUAGUAUUAUUUAUAGGUAGGUAGCCUUGUAACCUAAGAGAGGGGGCUGGUUCCGAAGGAAGAGCUUUGUAAGACCUUUGCGGCAGCUUUGUGCUCUCUCCUCUGACAAUGCUGGUCGAAGAAGCGGAGAAAACGGGUUUGUGGCAGUGGGUUUCGAAGAAGGUCAAAUUGACCCUGAAGCAACUUCAUCUUGCACUUUGAAAGCCAACAUGCUUGACCACAAGGCCUAAACUGAGCAUUGGAGCAAGAGCCUUCACACCGUGAUGGAUAAUCACGAGACAGCGCUUCCAACUUGCAAUGCUGCCGUGGCAUCUGAAUGUGACACAUGCCAAAGUCCAGAAGGCUUCAAAGGGUUUGAGACGCCCCCGCUUUCAGCUGCCGCACUCUCGCAGCCCCUAGAAGCCUUGCGCUUCCACCCCUUUGCAACAAGAACCUCUGCACUGACAGCCAGCAAGGCGGCUGGCGCAGAGUCCUCUUCAGAGGUGUCCACUGCUGAAUCUUUGGAACAGGCCUCUACGCACUCACUCCUCCAGACUAGCUCGGUUCACGGCCUGAAACGCCUCCGUUCCAUCACCUUCUUUGGAAACGUGGAAAAUGAGGCGACAGAGCAGAGCCCGACCAAGCGCUUCAGCCCCCAGGGUUUGGAGGUGCAGGGUUUGGAGGGGUUAGAGCCUCAGGGUUUGGAGGUUUCGGAACGUCCGUACUUUGACGGUUUGGAGAUUCAGGUUCCGGCAGGCUUGGCUUCUCAUGCUUUACAAGUGGAGGUCGGCAGUCCCGGAAGCUGGGCCACAGAAACAGGGUUUGAGGGAUUGGAGGCUUUCGACAAUGGGUUGGAGACAGCUUCACCACGUUCGCUGGGGGGGUUUGAGGGGUUUGGGAACGGGAUUGAGACGCUGCCAGGUGUGGUUUCCGGGGCUGGGUUUGAUCUGUACUCGCCCGCAACGGAGGUGGCCCCCGAAAGCAGUGCCCUGGGUAGCGACUUUGAUCUGGUGGGAGCGGAAGGGUUCGAUGUCUCGCCCGAGGUCCUGUUUGCCAGAGCGAACCACGCAGAUCUGGCAGGGACUCAACGGAAACUUUUCAGAGAAAGCGGGCCUUGUCGAGAGUGCGCUUCAGGUGCAGAGGUCCUAGAAGUGAUCGUCGUGUUGCGGGAGAUGGGGGUUCUAUCGGAUGGUGGCACACCGGCAGCUGAGCCCCUGGCGGGGUCGCUCGACGACCUUGCGAGUGGGGACUUCGUCAGUGCACUCGGGAACGAGCUCUCCGAGUGCUCGGAGUCUGCCGAGAGCGUCGACUUGGAGCGUGGGUUAGGGUUUCAGGAUGGGGGUUUAGGGUCCGGGUUAGAGGAGCUGGAGCAAGUCACAGGGGGGCAGGAGGAGCAAGCCCGGCGGAUGGAGCGCAUUGAAGCAUUGCUCGCGCAGGAAGUUGUGCGAGAAGCGGAGUUGAUCGAGGCCCGCAUUGCGCUGGAGGGAGUAGCGGGAAUGACGUCAGUCCCGCAGCGUGUCGACAUCGCGACCUGGCUGCAGGGCCUGCGACGGGGCCACGUUUCCCGAGCAGGGGUAGCGGCGGCAGAAAGCGGGGUUAGGGAGAAUGGGUUAGGGGUGGGUUUGGUGGAAGACGGGCUGGCGGAAGAGGCAGACUUCAGUGAGGUCGGGAGUUCGAUUGGUAACACGAGCAUGGCUGUCUUCAGGGGGGACUUGAACAGCCAUUUGGGAAGCGUUUUGGGUGAGGACGACGAGGGUUUGGAGGGGUUAGAGGGCCGGGUUGCAGGCGGUCUAGAUGGCGAAACCAUGGGCCCAAUUCCGGAAAAUGUGGGAGGGGGAGAUCUUGUGGGGUUCGAGUUGGCGCCGACUGGUGGGGUGGAGGAGAGAGGUGGUAGAGAGUGGGUUUGGGACGGCUCCGACAGGGUUAGGCACGGUUUGAACGAGGUUAGGGUGGGUUUGGACGGCGUGACGAGGAGGCGCCGCACACGGGAAGAAGAAGAAUUGCCACUACUGGCGCAUCUGUCCCCCAGAAGCGAAGGUGGUGUCUCCGCAGCGCUCGACUCGUACCCCCAGCUGUACUACAUGGACCAACUGGAAGACGGUGCCGCCUCAGAACAAAUCGACCACAUCCUGACCGGUAACUGGAACCCUAGGCAAGCCCUGCGCAUGUUAGCCGACACCCAAAUGGAUGAUGUGGCGGAUGACGUGGCGGAGGUCAACCUGACGGAACUAGAGUGGACCGCUUUCUUGCGGGAGGCGCUGCUGGGGGCGUGGCGGCGGGAGGGUGCGAACGGUGGGUUGGAACAGGGUUUGGGCGGUGUGGCAGGGGGUUUAGAAGAGGGUUUAGGGGCGGAACAGGUGGGUUUGGAAGCAGACUUGGGACGACGGACUCCGGGGGGUUUGCAAGAGGGUUUGGAACGGGGUUUAGGGCUGCCCAACGACGAAACCCUGCGACAGUUCAGCCUGCUAAACCCAGCGGAAAUGGUCGCCGCGCUGGCCGACCCUCGCCUCGUUGCGCGUCUCGAGACGCGGGCCGAGAGGGGGCUGUUCAUUCAGGGCACGCGCGUGCCGCUCCUCGAACGGACGUUCCUAGGGGGCCUGGAGAACGAUGACGUCAUCCUGAGCGAGAGCGACACCGAGUCGGAGGCCGAGGAGAGCGAGGUCGCGCUGGAUGACGUCAGCGAGGUGGGGUGCGACGUCAUCGACGAUCUGGACUCAUACGGGGCGUUCUGCACAGCAGGGGGUGCUUUGACGGGGCCAGACGGCCCCCCCACGGAGACGAAUUUGGAAUCAGGGGGCCGUUCGAGCGCCCAAACGGACCCCCCCCAGGACUGCUCGAUUUGCUACCGGCCGCUGGAGGCGGAGCCCGUGCUGGCGCUGAAGUGCGGACACGAGUAUCACGGGACGUGCGUCAAGAAGUGGCUGAAGUCCGGGGCGCCGAACGCGCUAUCGUGCCCGUUCUGUCGGGGCAAAAUCCGACGGACGCCAGCUCUGGAGGAGCUUCUUCCAGCCAACGGCGCUGCCGCCCGUCUUCCCCGCAGCCCCAGCGAGGCGACCAUUGACCUGCACGACGACCGGAAUCUGGACGCCGACGAAUUGCUGCACGAAGUGCGCCAGUGGCCGGAUGCGGAGCGGCUGAUUGUCAGCGGAAUCGGCGUCGAAACGGUUUUGCAGGUUCUGGAGGAAGCCCAAGCCGAGAUCCGCAUCAUCGAACUUUACGGCACCGGGGAAGACCGCGUGGCUGAGGAGGAGCGCUUUUGGUACCGCAUGAGGGGCGACGCGCUGCCGCCCCUGCCCAGCGACCCCACUCUCAGCACAGCACGGGGCUGUGCUGCGGUGCAACGGCUGCUCCUCCACAACGGCGAGAUGCGCAGCGGGUCAAUGGCCAACCCCCUCGGGUCACCGGUUAACCCGGGCGAGGCAACCUUCACUGCCUUUGUGCAGCGCGUCUUUGGGCAGCUCCCGAACUUGGUCGACUUUUCCGCCCCCGCAUGCGGACCGGAUCUGCGCCCCGCAGGCCUGGCGUGGCUCGUCGAGUGCUGUCCAAAGUUAAGAAUCCUCCGCUUGGGAUGGUGCUCCUUCCCUGACUUGGGCGUUGGCAUUGGCCCCGUGGCCGAAGCCCUUGGGCGGCAACUAGAGGAGCUCGAAAUCCUAGGCCCCUUCUUAAAUCUAGACUCCUUGAACGCCCUGGUGCUGCAUUGCCGACGGUUGAGGGUCUUGAAUAUAAGCCGGGGACAUCACGGGGGCCGAAAUUGGCAACCCGGCAUUGACUUGGGGGAGACGGUGGAUGCGGAGCAUACCGAGGAGUACGACGAGGCGUUCGGUAGACUCGCCCAGCUGAAUCCCCUCUUACGAAUUGAGGUGGCGCAAGGUAGUCAAGAGUAUCUGUCGUUUUGAGGAGGGGUUGUUGCUGGGGGUCUGAGCGAGUAGGGUGUUGCAAGUAGUAGUCCAUCUGUGAAUCUUGACAAAUGCACCCUUUUAGAAAGAGCUAAAGCGCGCUGCCUGAAUAGUCAAUGCCAGGUCACAUAGGUACAAGCCUCGGACAAAUACUUUGGAGACGUCUAUAUUCGCGAUAUUGCACUUAGUCUUCUAUAUACUUUACGUUGGAAAGUUUCAAAGUAGGUAUGCCAAGUCUAUACCGCACAAUCUGCACUAUGGAAGAACUAUAUAAUGGGGCCGGGCGCAGAUGGUCCUAUACGGCGGCCGAAAAGCCGACGGAUCCGAGGUAAUAUGAGGC